GCUCCGGAACUUAAAAUACCCAGACAGCCAGAGGUCCAUAGAUACCCCUGCAGUUCCAUUCGGAUGUCACAGAGAUCCGGCAUAACGCCACAGUUUCCACCAGCCACAAUACAGGGGAAGCUAGAACCUUAGCCCUGGAAGUUACGUAGAUGGACUUGAUCUAAGCUUUCGCAGCCACGUCGGUGAAGACAGAUUCAUUUUUGGCGAUCCGUCAACUUGAAUUCCAUCAUCGUCUUAACGAACGUUUCGAACACGUCUCACGGCUUCUUAUGUCAUAUCCACUCCAACUGUUUUCUCUCUCUAUCAACUCUUUCAUCCUUUGUACCUCUUAACCUACACUAACUUCCUUGUUUUCACUUUUUUUCAACGUAAAUACCUUUGCCUCUAAACGCACGCAGCUUCGAGCCGAUUAUCCUCAUCCAAGAACUAUUUCGAGCGUCGGUCCGCAAAACAUGUCGCAAUACUACGGCGCACCCCCUCCAAAUCAGUUCGGCGGUGCGGCGGCCGCGCAAAACCUUCAGUUCUACCCUUCGUCGUAUUCGCCCGGUAUACCAGCCCAGGGAACCCCAGCGCAAUCAUACGGCUAUGGCGCGCCAGCACCUAACGCUGGUGGAUACGGCUUCGGCGCUGCGCCUGGUGUAAGCGGGAGGAUGGGCGAACAAGGUGGCCUGCGGACGGGCUGGCUCGCCGCUUUCUCUACAGAAGGAUAUGAUGGGGAACCGCCGUUGUUAGAAGAGCUAGGAAUCAACUUCGACCACAUCUGGAUGAAGACUUUAGCAGUUCUCAACCCCUUCGGGCGUAUAGAUCAACACAUCAUGGACGACUCGGAUCUCGGCGGCCCCAUCCUCUUCUUCUUCUUAUUCGGCACAUUCCUACUCUUUAGCGGCAAGGUACAUUUCGGGUACAUCUACGGAUUGGCGCUCAUGGGAUCGGUUGCGCUACACACAAUACUAUCACUCAUGUCUCACGACGAUACCAGUCCCACGACACCUGCCCAAGCUGCAUAUCCUUCCACCCCUGGUUACCCCGGCGAUCCCAACGUGGGCGGUAGAGAUGAUUCUAAGGGACACUUCAGUGGUACUUUAACAUUUGCAAGGAGCGCAAGCGUGCUGGGGUACUGUUUGCUACCGCUAGUCAUAACCAGUCUAAUAGGCAUUGUCAUACCAAUGGACGGACCGCUUGGCUACAUCUUAACCAGUGCGGCAAUCGUUUGGUGCACAACAAGUGCGAGUGGUAUGUUUUGCGCAGUUGGACGGAUGAUGCAAAUGAGGGCCUUGGUAGCAUACCCGUUGAUGUUAUUCUACGUUGGCUUUGGUAUUAUGAGCAUCUUCAGCAGUCGAGGGUCCGGUAGCUUGGGCAAGGCGGCAGGCGUGUCGUGA